CACAGAGACGCUCUGUAUGUGCCAGACGGAGAACUGCGAGCCAGGGUGCUACGCCAGUGUCAUGACUGUCCGACAGCUGGUCACUUUGGGAGGUACAAGACACUGUACCAUGUGACGCGUCAGUUUUGGUGGCCGCAAGUGCGGAAGGAUGUCUGGGAGUACGUCAGAGCCUGUGAUGUUUGCCAGCGCGCCAAGCGACCCCGAGAAGUGCCGGCGGGGCUGCUACAACCACUACCUACUCCAGAGGGGCCGUGGGAGACGAUAGCUAUGGAUUUCAUUACUGACCUCCCGGCCUCACAACAACAGACAGUAAUCUGGGUGGUUGUAGACCUUUUCACCAAAAUGGCCCACUUCAUACCCUGUAAGGCGCUGCCGACCGCCCAAGAAACAGCCCGGUUGUUCAUUGAUCACAUUUUCCGACUGCACGGGCUACCCCGUCAAAUUGUGUCAGAUAGAGGGGCCCAGUUCACUUCCCAGUUCUGGAGGAAAGUCAUGCAAUUGCUAAAGGUGGAGGUAUGCUUGACCUCCGCGCGGCACCCUGAGAGCAAUGGCGAGGCGGAAAGGACCAAUGCCACACUGCAACAAUACCUGCGCUGCUAUGUUAACUAUCGGCAGGACAACUGGGUGAGUCUACUUCCCUUGGCGGAAUUUGCAUAUAACAAUGCCUUGCAUGCCUCCUCACAACAGUCCCCGUUCUUUGCCAACUACCGCCUACCGGCUACAAUGCGGAUUCACCCGGUGUUCCACCGUUCACUGUUAUCGCCAGCGAUACCAGCACACCGCUAUCAACCUGUCAAAGAGAUACCACCGCCCGUCACGGUGGAUGGGGAAGUGGAGUACGAAGUGGAACAGAUCCUGGACUCCCGGUGGCGACGGCGGAAGCUGCAAUAUCUCAUUGCCUGGAAGGGGUAUGGGCCGGAGGCAAACUCCUGGGAAGAUGCAGAGCUUGUCCAUUCCUGGCUGCGCCAGAGGCCACAGCCGCCACCCGGUGGUGUCUGGACGGAGGAGGCCGGUGCUAGGGCGUCCGCGCGGCGGCUGCUUUCCAGAGGCUGGAGCCCUCGCUCCUCUCUGCUUGGCCGCUGCGAGGGGUGUCAGGCAUGCGCUCUGCUAAUGGUCCCACCGGGGGACUCGCCAGUUGCCAGCCUGGACGCUCGCUUGGCGCUGGGGUCUGUGCAGGGCGAGGGCGUGUGA